AUAUCGCGGGUGCUAUGUGCAGACAGAGUGGGUCAGAUGACAAAGACGUACAGUGACAUCGAUGCUGUCACACGUCUGCUGGAGGAGAAAGAGAGAGACUUGGAGUUGGCUGCGAGGAUCGGCCAGUCGCUUCUUAAGAAGAACAGAAUUCUGACUGAGCAGAAUGACUAUCUCGAGAUACAAGUGGGACAGAUCACAGAGGAGAUGGCCCAGCUGCACCAUGAGCUGAACCUGAAGGACGAGCUGCUGCAGUUUUACACCCACGCAGCUGAGGAGAGCGAGGAUGAGUCCAGCAGCUUCCCAACGAGUAAGAGGAGUAAAGUGGGGGCCGCCUCAGGAGGCUUCGUGAGCGACACACUGCAGAGGAAACUCAAAGACCUGGAAGAUGAAAACCUGUCUCUCCGCUCAGAGGCUCACCAUCUGAAGUCAGAGACUGAAAUCUAUGAGGAAAAGGAGCAGCAGCUCGUGAACGACUGUGUGAAAGAACUCAGGUUGUCCAGUCUCCAGAUCUCUACCAUCGCGGAGGAACUGGCUCGUAAGACCGAGGACGCCUCCAGACAGCAGGAGGAGAUCACACACCUCCUCUCUCACAUAGUGGAUCUGCAAAAGAAAGCCAAAUCUUUUGCAGUGGAGAAUGAGGAGCUCUCUCAACACCUGUUGGCAGCUAAAGAUGCUCAAAGGCAGCUGACAGCGGAGCUGCAGGAGUUGGAGGAGAAGUACCUCGAGUGCAUUGAGAUGCUGCAUGAAGCUCAGGAGGAGCUGAAGAACCUGCGGAACAGAUCCUGCUCGGCAGGAACCCCUCGACGCCACCACUCGAUGGGACUUUACCCGAUGGAUUCUCUGGCUGCUGAGAUUGAAGGAUCGAUGAGGAAGGAGAUGAGUCAGGAGGACCCUGAGUGUGAAGAACUGAAAACCCAUCGCAAGCGUGUCUUUGAGACGGUCAAGAACGUCAACCAGACCGUGCGUCAGCGUUCACUGACUCCGACCAGCGCCAACAUCCCAGGCUCCAACCAGUCCUUGUCAGCACGGACCUCACCUCAGUCCAGCGGCCUCUCCACACCCCACUCCAGCAUGUACGGCGUUGACAUCAGCGGAGACGUUGCCCUUGACAACCGCACGCAGAGCAUCCUAAUGGAGACAGCAUCUAAUCGAGAUGGCAGCACAGAGGGCCGGGAGAAGAAGGCGAACGGUGCUGAGGACCUGAGGGUGGCCCUGCGCCGCCUGUCUCUGCGUCGACAAAACAACCUGAGCGAGAGGCGCUUCUUUGGAGAGGAGAGGGAGCGGAGGCGGGGCGGACACGGAGGGAUGCACGAUGCUCCGGGCCAGGAGAGCGGGUUGACGCCCUCAGAGAGCAUCAUGUCCCUGGGGAACCUUCACCUGUGGGCCACACGAGGGCCCUACCUCCCAGACAAACUCCAGAUUGUCAAGCCACUUGAAGGCUCUGUCACCCUGCACCACUGGCAGCAGUUAGCACAGCCUCACCUCGGUGUGAUUCUGGACGCCAGGCCGGGGGUCGUACCCAAGGGUUACAGACCCCUCGAGCUGGAGCUGGAGCAGGUGUACCCAUGGGGGGGCUUUGAAGAGGAUGAACCAGGUGAUCAGUACUUCCAGAAUCUGCCCACGUCCACUGCCUCGGCCUCUCCAGCUGUGACCUCCACCUCCACCUCCACCUCCACCUCCGGCACCAGCGACACCAACUUCUGGCAGCCUCCACCCAGCAUCACACCUCUCUCCCCCUCCCCCCCAUCCCCAUCGCCACAUCUCAGCAACACUGACCCCCUGGCUGCGUACUACCCAGGUAAAUGCAUGGCCCACACCAGCUCCACCUACACCUUCACAACCUGUCGGAUUCUUCACCCGACGGAUGAGCUGACACGGGUCACGCCAAGUCUCAACCCAGUACCAGCGACGUCCUCCUGUGUGAUGACCAGCACUCUGCUGGGGACUCCCGCUGGGACACCCUGCACCCCCCGCAGGCUCGGUCUCAGGCCGUCCGAAUCUUCAACCAACCUCAGAGAUGCGACUCGCACCACCAGCACCUCUCUGGGGCUGGUGCGCCUUCUCCAGGAGAGAGGGAUCUCAGCAGCAAUGUAUCACCAGAGCCAGGGCCUGGAGCACGGCCCGAGCAGCGGAGGAGUCUUAUUCAGCACUUCCAUCGCUCCUAACCGAGCGCCCCACCCUGACCCUAUGCGCCCCUCCACCCCGCCCAACUCGCCCACUGGACCUGGAGCUUCAGCCGUGCUGACGUCCGCAGGGUUCGACUUCAAGAGCCCUUCUUACGACAACUUCCUGGCCUCUAAACCAGCCCGCUCCAUCCUGAAGGAGGUGACUGGGGGGAUGAGGGGAAGGCAGAGAGGGCGGGACUGCGAAAGCCAAACGGACGUUAGCGUUACCGUCCCACACCUCAACCUGCUGGAUAAGGUGAAGCGUCUGGGUGUGGCCGGAGCUCAAGGGGGCAGAGCAAUGAGUCCCAGCCCCAUGCUGGGGCCUCUGGGUGGGCUUCGCAGGUCCGGCUCCCCUUUCGGGACUGAUGGAAUAAGGAGGAACACAAGUUAUCCAGCUAUGGUUGGGCCCAGCAUGGCCAUGAAAGCCCCAGGGCCCCCAGAGUAG